GGAUAGCGUAUCCAAUACAAACUUGAACUCAUUGGUAUCGGCAAAAUUAUGAUUUUAAAAUUAAUUUUCGUUGCAUUUUGUAUAUUUCUCGUGUUUAAUCAAAGAGUAUCUGGGGAUUUGAGUCGUAAGCUGCGUGAAUAUGAUAUUGUUAGCGAUUUUGAAGUACACAGUAGAUCAGAGAGAGAUGUCACUGGGAUGUCAGUAUCAAGAAAGAGGGUAAAAUUUACUGGACUUGGCAGAAACUUUUCUAUAAGCUUGACUCCGGUUGUGGGAUUAUUUAGCAGUGAUUUUAAGGCAGUAAUUGAUGAUGGAAAUGGAAGAAGAACACCAUUCAUCUUCAACAAAAAUAACUUUUUUGAAGGCCUACUUGAAGGGGACAAGAAGAGUAAAGUUCAUGCUUAUUUUGAUGAAGAGGAUAAUACAAUGACUGCCUCCAUUUCAUCAGAGGGAGAAGAUGUGGUGGUAGAGCCUGAAUGGAGACAUGCAAGGACCAGAAAGAAAGGAUCCAAUAUGAUUAUUUACGCUGUCAAAGAUAUGAAGUGGCCAAAUAGUGGAACAAAUUCCAGUGGGUUUGACUAUUGUGGAGCUGUGCAUGGACAAGAACUACACAAUCCUCAGGAAAUAAUGUUCUCUAAACACAUGGAAGACAAUGAACAUCACAGAAGCAAGCGAGCAGCCAAUGUUAACUGUCGUCUGAUCACAGUAGCAGACUACAAAUUCUUCCAGAAUAUGGGAAACAGCAAUAAGUAUACCACAGCUAAUUACAUGGCCAGUGUUAUUGACAAGGCCAAUCUGAUCUACAGAGAGACUAACUUUGGUGGAUAUACUGGACUGGGCUUUGUCAUUGCAGAAAUGAUUAUACUGGAAGCACCAACAGUAGUUAGUAAUGGAGCACUACAUUACAACAUGCAGAAUGGUCCAUGGAGAAGCAACACAAAAGGCCUCCUAGAUAGUUUCAGCACCCAAGCCAAUAAAUGGAGUGAUUUUUGUUUGGCCCAUCUUUUCACUCACCAGCCAUUUGAUAACAAUGUGUUAGGGCUGGCCUAUAUAGCUGGCUCCAGAUCAACAGACAUUGGUGGACUCUGCUCUCCCAUAACAUACUUGGGUGGCGUGCAAGUUUCACUCAACACUGGAUUUACCAGUACAAUGUAUUCAUCUGGUUCAACUGUCCUGUCACGGCAAGCAGAGCUGGUCACUGCUCAUGAACUUGGACACAAUUGGGGAAGUGAACAUGACCCCACCUCAGGGGAUUGUGCCCCGUUCUCUAUAUUUGGAGGGAAGUACCUGAUGUACCCCUACUCCGUGUCAGGGGAUGAUGAUCACAAUGAUGAAUUUUCCAGUUGCAGUAGGAACUAUAUUGGUCGAGUUAUGGGUUCUAAGAUUGGAUGUCUCACUGAAUCUGUGGGGGUCAGUUUGUGUGGUAAUGGGAGGAUAGAUGCGGGGGAGGAGUGUGAUGGAGGGUACCUGGGGAAGUUUGGUCUGGAUGACUGCUGCCUACAGGACUGUACACUCAACACAGGGAGAAGUGCUGUCUGCACUCCAUCUAACUACGACUGCUGCAACUCCAACUGUCAGGUUCAAAGUUCAGGGACUCUUUGUAAUGCUGCACAACAGUGUAAACAAAAUGCCUUUUGUGAUGGGACUGGUUUAAAUUGCCCAACUGGUGCUAAUAAAUCGCCUGGAACAGUCUGCACAGGUGGAUUUUGCAAUAUGACUGGAAAUUGUCAACCUUUCUGUGAAUAUAUUGGUAUGAAGUCUUGUGUUUGUGCAGAAGAGGCCAACUCCUGUCGGCGGUGCUGUAUGUCCUCUGGCCCCUCCCCUACCUGUGCCCCCUAUAACAACACAGUUUACCUGAUGGACGGAUCACCCUGUGUCAAAGGAUACUGCUCGGGGGGAAUUUGUAUAGAGACAAAGCCAUCAUUAUCUGAGAGAUUCUUUGCCAUACUGGACAAGAUCAGCUUUGACUAUUUAGCGGAGACCUUCAAAACCAAUAUGGUGGCCAUCACUCAGGCUUUCUCUCUGAUCCUGUUUAUCCCUAUCUGCUGUGUCGUAUUUUAUAGGGAUAGAAAGAAAACAAAGAAACAAAGAUUAGAGAUGUCUGCAGAAUGCAGAACUGACAGGACCUUGACCUUUGAUGAGGACAGGAGACAGGUCAAGAAGAAGAAGAAGAUUCCUCCCAAGUUUAUCCCUGCCCCUCCCGAGGCCGUCAUCCACAGGUCAGGGUCACGUAGUGGCUCCAGAAAGAAUCAGAUUGCCCCCCUACCCCCCAGGCGAUACUAGUCUCUACGCAAAUGACAAUCUUUAAGUCUAAGUUAUUUAUUAUCCAUUGACUGUCUGUGAUAAAUUGUAAAAAGUAUGUGGUCUAUUUAUAUACAAUGUGAAGGUCACAACGAAUUUAUGUACAAUUGUAUAUGAGCAUGAAUUGUUUGCAUUUUUGUUUUAUGCAAAGAAUUGGAAGAGUAACUGCCCCUUACCUCCCAUUCAAAUUGAGUGAUUGAUGGCCUCACUAUCUGUUAUACAGAAAUUUGUCUGUGUUUGAAUCUUUGUUUUUUUUCAACAUUUUUUUUCUUUUUUUAUUUUGAUACGUUUUCUGAUAUUAUAUGAGUACAGAAAUUUGAGUAUCUUUCAUCACCAGUAAUGUACAGUGUAUUUGAUAUUAUAAUUUUUUAAGCUUCCCUUUAACAAAAAUAUAUGUAUAGAAUUUUUUUAUUACAGUACAAAUAUUAUCUAUCAGUUAGUAAGACAAUUCAAUUUUUCCUUCAUAAUUCAGCAAAAUAGAUGAAUAAACAUGCUAAUGUGUCAUUGUUCAAAGCAUUUAAUGAACUAAAGAGGAAAUCAAAUACAUGUAUGUUUUCAUAUGAUGCUUCAGUAAAGAACCAUUUAAAGAUUUUUGUGAAGUAAGACACUUGUUUGCAAAAUUAAAAUAUCUCCUAUGGGUCCUGUGUUGUAGUCUCGGAUACCUAUAAUUAGGAAUGAAUACUAAUUUAGGUGAAAUAACAUCCUAGCAUUUUAAAUCGAUCGAGUCCUUUCGGGCACUUUACAAUGCAUUAGUACAUAUUAGUACACAGUUUGUAUAUUAACUUUUUACAAUGUAUGAGUACACUGUUUUAUAUAUAUGUAUUUAAUCAGAUUUUAUUUUGUUGUGUAAAUUAACAUUACCAGUAGUCACUUUUGACAAACCUUUUCUUAACUCAUCUUCAUAGUUUCAUUGUUUAGGGUAGCUAGUGUAUUUCUUGCAUGAUUAUGAUGAAAACAGUGAGUAUGAGAGUAGAUAGAGUGCAAAUUUAAUGAACGUAUGGAAAUGAUUUACUUUUUCAAUAAAUUAUUAAUCAUUGAAUGUGCUUUUAAUACCAUAUAAUUGUACAUGUAUUUUUUUUAGAAGAACAUUGUUUUUUACAUUUUGCUGUUUAUUUGUUCUUUUUUACAGUAUGUUUAAAAUCCCUUUUUGUUUACAAGUUAAAAUUAUAUUGCUUUUCAAUGAUUUAUUCAUUCUGUGGGUAAUCAAAUAUAUUUUAUUUUGUCAAACAUAAAUUGCUUCCUUUAGCAAUAUUAACAUGGAAGAGAUAGUGGUAUUUUACCAGUCUAUAGCUCAACUGCUAUUCUUUAUUUUUUGUUGAAGUUACAAAGAUAAAAUGUCACAUUUGAUAUUAGCUAAGCUUUUAUAUUCCAGUUUUACUUUUAAUGCAUAAUAGAUUGAUUUUAUGAAAUGCAUAAUAUAUUUUUGUAACUUAGACUUUUAUUUCAAUGAAUUAGAAUAAUAAAUAUUUCACACAA